AGACGCAGCAGCAGGGUCAGCAAGUAGUGUAGUGUUUCUCUAAUUGAACUUCGCCCAAUCAACAAUAACUCGUUAGCAGUCGCUUUCUUCUUCUUUCUUCUUGCUGCUUUGAGACAGCUUGCAGGGAUUCACCCCCCUCCAGUCUGUUACUUCCUAAAGAUCUACAUGGAGCUUGGCAGAGGAACUGCGACUCUCUGAGGAGGAAUACAAGUCCGGCUGCUUUUUACAACUAUACGCCCGAAGCAGCAUGGUUAUGUUGGAGGAAAGCUCUCAGGCGAGCUAAGUUGCAAAAUAUAGAGCUGGGUCUAAGAGAGGAGACACUUGUGGACGCGUAAAACUUGCCAUUUGAAUGAAAUAAUCAACUUUUUCUGGAAGCAGCAGCAGCGAUUCUUCUGGACUGCGAUGACCUCCAGUAAAGACAUGAAGGCUGCAGGUUCUGUGUUGCAGCAGUCCAGUGGAGAGGAGAGGAGACGGGCUCCUUUGGAUCAGCUACCGCCGCCGGCCAACUCCAACAAGCCUUUAACGCCGUUCAGCAUAGAGGAUAUCCUAAACAAACCGUCGGUGAAGAAGUCGGUCUCCACCAGUAUCAGUAUCUGUCCGCCGAGAGUGUUGGAGAAAGUGACCGGCUCCAACUCUGCGAGGAACGGGAUCAGCACUCCCAGCUCGCCGCUGUGCGCGCUGGAGGAGCUGGCCAGCAAAACCUUUAAGGGUCUGGAAGUCAGUGUUAUCCAGGCAGCUGAAGGUCGAGAGCAUGUCAACGCGUUCGGACAGAGGCAGACGUCGAAGAAGAGGAGAAAGUCGCGGACAGCCUUCACCAACCACCAGAUUUACGAGCUGGAGAAGAGGUUUCUGUACCAGAAGUACCUCUCUCCGGCCGACCGCGACCAGAUCGCGCAGCAGCUGGGUCUCUCCAACGCGCAGGUCAUCACCUGGUUCCAGAACCGAAGGGCCAAACUCAAGCGCGACCUGGAGGAAAUGAAAGCGGACGUGGAGUCGCUCAAGAAGAUCAACCCGCAGACCUUGCAGAAGCUCGUCAGCAUGGACAGCAUUGAGGAGUCGCAGGGCGGAGGUACAGAGGCCAGAUCGCCUAGUAUCUCUCCGACCUCCCAAGGACACUUCCCACAGUCUCCAUCCUCAUCCAGAGACCAAACUACGGAUGAGUUCUCGGAGGACGACGAGGAAAUCGAGGUGGACGAUUGACAUAAUUGCCGUGAUUUUCAUAAGCAGCAACAAAAAAAGAAUAUUGAAAAAAGGGGGCAUUUUUAUUCCCAAACUUUUUGCACGGAUAUUAAAAAAAGGAGAAUAUAUACAUAAAAAAAAAACAUUUCAGGAAUUUUUUUCCUCCUUUUCUUUUUUUUCUCCAUUUUAAUUUAUUAAAUCAGCCUUCCAAGUCUGUCCUUUUAAGUUUCACCACAGUAUUUUAAGGAAUAUCAUGGUUUCCUUUCAGACACUGUUAUGGUACAGCAUAAGACUGAAAAUUGUGUGAGCAUUUUAAUUUUCCAGGGGGGAUGGAAAGUUGUGCAAUUAUUUUUUGCUUGUCAUUUAUUUGGAUCUGCCAAAUAUUUAAAUCACCCUAUUUUUUUUUUAUUUUUUUUUACAAGCACAGCCCGGGGUUUGAUGUCACUCCAUCCCUCCUUAAGUGUAAUUUUUUUUCUUCCUUCUGAGCGAAGAAAAGUGUGUCUGCAAGCAUGCAGGCCUGUUCGCAUCAGCGCAAAAGGACGCAUCACUUAUUAUUAGUAUCGACUGCAAACUUUUACACGCUCUGAGUUCUGUAUAUAGAUGAAACAUCCUAUGCGAUAAUUUUAUUGUAACAUUCUAUUUAAUCAGCAUCUAUGUAAAUAAAGGUUAUAUGAUAUUUCAAGAAGCGAUUUGGAUGUGUGACUGUGCGUAAAAUUAUAAAAUAAUAUCCUUAAAUUAAAUAUCUGAGUGAGGUCACAUUGGAAAGGAAUAUUAUUAUUACACCAUAAGGGAUUAAAUUUAAAAAGGGAAGUUGCAAAAAAAAAAAAAUAUGGAGAACGACACGAAUCUCUAAAGGGAUAUUCUAAAUUCUGAAUUCUAAAUUCUAAAUUCUGAAAGUUAAGAUGACCCAAGCACCACAUGGCACUCUAUAGGAAUGCUUAAGGAGAUAAAGUCACACCAAUAUGACUUUUAUAAGAUGAUAACAUAUUGUUGUGAGACAUUAAACAAACACAUAAAAUAUCCCCCCCCCCCCCUAAAAAAAAAAAAUCUGCUCUGCUUGGUAAAAUCUUGCCCUGGUUGAAUAAUUGACCCCUUGCUUUCAGCCUGGAAGUGCCAUGACUUCAAUUAGCUGCCUUCCAUCGCCUUUAUUCCCAUUCUUUCGCCCAGCUUUGAAUGCAUCUUGUCACAAGAAGGUCCCGGUCUGCACCAUAUGUUUUCUUUUCCUCCUCCUAUGGAUCGUCUUUAACACAACUAGUCGACAUGAUUGAUUAGGUUAACCCGCCUUUGCCUUACAUAAAACAGCUUCCACCGAGCCGUGGGCAAUAAUGGCACGCAUCUGCCACUCUUGACUCGGGUUUGUUUGGAAAAGAGAGAAAAAAAAAAGUCUCCCAUGAAUAGCAAAUGGGUUAGUGUGAGGAUCCUAAUGAAUAAAGCUCAAUGGGAGGCAGUGGAAAUGCUGCUGCUGCUGCUGGACGACCAUUUGCAACAGUUUUGAGUUUGGUGUGUGUGGGAGUGGAUGUGUGGAAGUGGAGAGAGGAGAUGUUAUCGUAGUUAUUUGAUGAUAAAAUGCAAUUUAUACUAAAACAAGCAGGAAUAUUUAUAGUGUUCAAUAUAAACUGGUUUGCAAGAUUGUAUAGCUGCUUUUGCGCGCAACUGCCAUGUGCCAUAUUACGCAUUGGGUUCAUUUUAUUCUUCAUUUGGAGACUUUAGACGCACAUAAUUUAUUAUCAGAAUCAGAAUCGUGUUUAUUGCCAGGUGUAUGAGGUAUACACUGGGGAUUUGCUUUGGUUAUGUUGGUGCAAGUUAAACAGUAUAAUAAGAAAAGAAUAGAUAAAAACGUUAGAAUAAAAUAAGAAUAAAAUAUCUUAUUUGAUAAUUACACUUAGUAACUGCAGAUGUUGUGGAUAUUCGAGAAGAAAAUAAUAAUCACAUCUGGCUUCUAGACGUUGAAAUGUAUUUUAUGAGCAGACUUUUUUUCUCUGUUUUUAUUUUACGCUGUGGGAUCCCUCUUUUCUCUGAAAUACAAACUCUUAAAAUCUUAAUAAGCUUAAAAUAUAGUACUACUUAUUUGGAAGGCAGAUAUAUACCAGGUAUUUCAAAUAAUGUUCGCAAUGGAAACAAAUGAUAUCAGGCCCUCUCUCACUGCCACUUGCGUUUGAAAAAAAAAA